AUGAUAGACAUUCCGUUCAAGCUGAAUACUGGAGCCCCCAUCCCUGCAUUGGGUUUAGGAACAUGGCAAAGCCCCGAGGGACAAGUUCGUGAUGCCGUAGCACACGCAAUCAAAUCUGGCUACCGACACAUCGAUUGUGCGUACGUGUACGGAAACGAGAAAGAAGUUGGAGAAGGCAUCAAGGAGGGUCUAGCAGCGACAGGAAUCUCUCGGUCAGAUCUCUUCAUCACCACCAAACUAUGGUGCACAUAUCAUACGCGAGCGGAACAGAAUCUCGACAUGAGCUUGAGCUUGCUGGGAUUGGAUUACGUGGAUCUUUACCUGAUGCACUGGCCUGUUGCUAUGAAUCCCAACGGCAAUCACGAAAAAUUCCCAAAGUUGCCCGAUGGUCGCAGAGACCUGGUCCGGGAGAGAUCCCAUGUGGACACCUACAAGGAUAUGGAAAAGCUGCUUCAGACUGGCAAAGUCAAGGCGAUCGGCGUGUCUAACUACUCCAAGAAAUAUCUGGAAGAACUUCUUCCGAAAGUUAACGUUGUCCCCGCCGUCAACCAAGUCGAGAACCAUCCGUUGUUGCCUCAACAAGAACUCGUCGAUUUUUCCAAAGAGAAGGGCAUCAUCACCACCGCAUAUAGCCCCUUGGGCAGUACAGGAAGUCCACUAUUCGAAGAUCCCCACGUCGUCAAGUUGGCCGAGCAAAAGGGCGUCAGUCCAGGCACAAUUCUGCUCAGCUACCAUGUUGCACGAGGCGUCGUGGUCAUUCCUAAAUCUGUUACGCCCUCGCGAAUCGAGGAGAACAUGAAGAUUGUGAAUCUUUCCGAGAGUGACUUGGCCUCCUUGGCUGAAAUCUCCAAGAACGGAGUCACUCGCUACAUCUACCCAGAAUUCGGCGUUGAUUUUGGUUUCCCAGACAAAUCUUGA